AUGCUCGUGACGACAACGGCCAUUUAUGGGGGGGAACUGGAGCGCAUAAAGACAGACCUUCACCAACACGGCGUGGCCUACGCUGCGGAGCUGACCACGGCAACUAACGUGCUCAUCGCCGGGAGGAGCGAGGGCGACAAGUAUCGCGUGGCACGGGAACGCGGAAUUCCUUGCGUCACAUCAGCCUGGGUCAGGCUGGGCCGCUGUGAUAGAGGCAGAGUGAGGGAGUUUCAGCUGGGGCGGUCCCUGCGUGGGCUGGAACUUUGCAGCACCUCGCUGUCGUCGGAGGAACGCGGCUUUGUGCGUCGGGUGUGCGCGAGGCAUCAGGCAGCGUACGAGCCAUCCUUGACGCGAGGCUGUGCAAUGUUGGUGGUGCCAAAUGGGAACUUCGUUGCAAGUGGAAGUGAGAAGCUCCGCUUUGCAAACAAAAACCAUAUCGAAGUCGUGUCAUUUGAUGGAUUUAAAGAACGAUACGGCUUUGCGGUUGAGUUGCACUCCCACCUGGUGCCUGGUGCACGUCAACCCUCAUCGUUUGGAAGUAGUGCGUCGGAAGUUGUGGUUUAUUGUUCCCCUGCACUUCUUAUUACUGAGAGGAUUAGUUCGCUUCUUAACGAGGUCGGUGUGCGGCACACACCGGUGCUAACGUCUUGCACAACGCAUGUGUUAGUGUUGGGCCAGACGGAGGAGGUGUUCGCUCCACGCCCCAACUUGGAGUUUGUGUCGGUUGCUUGGUUAGAGGAGUGUGCUACACGGCGCAAACACGUGGAUGUAGCACCGUACAGAAUGCCCAUUCUUUUGCGGCCAAUCAUCACCUUUACAGGGGUGCCGCGGGAAGAACGGAUGACAAUCAGCGCUGCUUUGGAAGAAAAGGGGUUGACUUAUAUUGUGCAGGGAGAUUUUGUGCUGGGCGGCGGCGUGGCCGAUGGCGGCAGUGGCCAGCGCAACACCACCCACCUUGUGGUUGGGCGAUCGGCGCUGCUUCGUUCCCCCAAGGUUGCCGCACUCAGUUUUCGGAUGCACCUGCUGCGGCGGAAGGAGUGUUUCCUGGUGCACGUGGGGUGGCUGCAUCGCUCGCUGGAGGUCGGAGGCUGGGUCGACCCCGCCCAGUUCUCCCUGGUGGUGCCACACGUCUCCGCAUUUCGGAGGGCGAGGAGAAAGAUGCCUGCAAGUUCCGCCGCCGCGGAGGACGACAGCGGCAUGGUUGGGGGUUUUACCUGCAGUAAGAGGGCGUUACUGCAGUGCCCCUCCGUAGCUGAACCACAGGACGAGACGCUGUCGUCGCACUCCCUUGCGUCGCUCAUUGAAGGGCUGGAGGCGAAAGCCAGCGACCGGGGCCGAGCGCCAGCGGCGCCCCCCGUUGCGGCCGCUGCCACCUUGCCGCCAACAAAGUUGCUGUCGCAGGAGGGGACGGAGAGGCACCCAGGCGCAGGGGCGCGCCUCAGCCCUUCAACGGCACCAUUCCGCCUUCACGGAAAACGCACCGUGCUUCCGGCGGAGUCUCAGGUUAUUGUGUACAACAGGUCCGAAUUCGACCGCCAGAGAAAGGUGACGCGGCAGCAGCAGCAUUGCGUGCUACCAGGCAGAGAGAGGACCCGUGAUGUUGGGGCUCCCUCGGCGGCAGAGGGCGCGGUGUAUGUGAGUGCAGAAACCCCAAGCGGCUCCUCGGGGCGACUCUGCUGUAUUAUGUUGGCCAAGUCGCUGACACACCUGGAGGAAAACUUUGAGCGCUUACAGGCCUUGGGAUGCACCCUCGCAACAACACUGGAGGAGUGCACUCACUAUGUCACCGGGAAACCGUCGAGGACGGAGUUUUUUCUCUCUACUGUCGCUGCUGGAAAAUGGGUUCUUGCGCCGUCUUUCCUCGAAGAGACACUGCGUGAGGGCCGCAUUGUAAGUGAGGAAGCACACGAGUGGUGCCCGGAGAUUGCCAGGGCUGCGCUGCUUCGCAGCUCUGUGGUGGAACUUGUCAGAGCGUGUCGCUUGCAAAGGAAGCGGACUGUGCGCUCGUUCGCCUCUUGGCGUGUCGCCCUCUGUUGUACAACGGAGUCGCGGACGGAGAGUUUUGCUCGUGUUCUGCGGAGUGGAGGUUGUUGCGUGGUUCGCCCAUACUCUCCUCCCCAGCUGCUGAGCACGCUGAGGAGCAAUGCCGAGGCGCUGAGGGAACUGAAUCUCGUUCUCUCGGACGAAGACGUGUGGGAGCCAUCGCAGCUAGACGCUGUCGCCGCCCGCCUGCCAGUUCACAAGCUGGAAUACGUCGCCCACUGCCUGUGCGUGGAGGUGCCCGAGCCUGACCUCUACCGUCUGCAGAGUGGCAGUGGACACGUGCGCAGGCGGCUCAACGUGACGUGA